GUACGGCAAGUUUCCGUGGGUCGCGCUCACGCUCGCGGUUUCCUUCUCGAUCUAUGGUGUCGUCAAAAAGCAAGCGCCGCUCAACGCUCUCCACGGCAUGACGGUCGAGACGGGCAUCCUCUUUGUGCCGGCCGUCAUCUACCUCUCGGUCGUCCAAGCUCAGGGCAACGGCGCCUUCUUGCACGUCAGCACGACCGCCAACGUUUUGACCGUUGGUGCGGGUGUCGUGACCGUGAUUCCACUCUUGAUGUACGCGUCGGCAGCGCAGAAGAUCCCGUUCAGCCUCCUCGGCAUGCUGCAGUACAUUGCGCCGAGCCUCAUGUUCAUCAUGGGCGUUGCCGUGUACAGCGAGGCGUUCUCGCUCGUGAAGCUCAUUGGGUUUAUCUUUGUCUGGGUGGCGCUCGCCGUCUACUCGGUCGAGGGUUUUGUAUAUCAAAAGCAGCAGCAACAAGUGGCCAAGCCAGCGGCUGUCGAGUCGCCGCGGGGUGAUGAGGCCGUCUAUGAGCGCGUCUAACUUGCGUGAAUUGUAAAUGAAUAUAUAAAUAUUGUACUA